AUGAAACCACAGAAGAUCAAAGUGAGGAACAUUCUUUCAUCCAAACACAAAUCUCGAACAAUAUCUCCAUAUGUCAGAGGUGCCAGAGGCUAUUAUCGAGUCAACUUAAUUGUACACAAGAUAAAUACUACGGAAGCCAUCGACCGCGGACGGCUUGCAGUGAAGCCCCCUGACUCCGGAAACCUUGACCUUCGUGGCUCAGUCUUCAUAAGGGUAUCUUCACGCCCCUCCGAUAGUUCCAUAGCUACCAUACGCCCAUUCCGAAGCCGCCCCUCAUCCCCAAUUUUCAACACCAUGCCCUUCAAGCCCACCGCCACCUCAACACCCACAAUCUUUCACCCACAGAAGCCCACCGCCACCUCAACACCCACAAUCUUUCACCCACAGAAGCCCACCGCCACCUCAACACCCACAAUCUUUCACCCACAGAAGCCCACCGCCACCUCAACACCCCCACCUCAACACCCCCACCUCAACACCCACAAUCUUUCACCCACAGAAGCCCACCGCCACCUCAACACCCACAAUCUUUCCCCCACAGAAGCCCACCGCCACCUCAACACCCACAAUCUUUCACCCACAGAAGCCCACCGCCACCUCAACACCCACAAUCUUUCACCCACAGAAGCCCACCGCCACCUCAACACCCCCACCUCAACACCCACAAUCUUUCCCCCACAGAAGCCCACCGCCACCUCAACACCCACAAUCUUUCCCCCACAGAAGCCCACCCCCACCUCAACACCCACAAUCUUUCCCCCACAGAAGCCCACCCCCGCCUCAACACCCACAAUCUUUCACCCACAGAAGCCCACCGCCACCUCAACACCCACAAUCUUUCCCCCACAGAAGCCCACCGCCACCUCAACACCCACAAUCUUUCACCCACAGAAGCCCACCGCCACCUCAACACCCACAAUCUUUCACCCACAGAAGCCCACCGCCACCUCAACACCCCCACCUCAACACCCACAAUCUUUCCCCCACAGAAGCCCACCGCCACCUCAACACCCACAAUCUUUCCCCCACAGAAGCCCACCGCCACCUCAACACCCACAAUCUUUCCCCCACAAAAGCCCACCGCCACCUCAACACCCCCACCUCAACACCCACAAUCUUUCCUCCACAGAAGCCCACCGCCACCCCAACACCCCCACCUCAACACCCACAAUCUCUCACCCACAGAAGCCCACCCCACCUCAACACCCCCACCUCAACACCCACAAUCUUUCCCCCACAGAAGCCCACCGCCACCUCAACACCCACAACCUUUCCCCCACAGAAGCCCACCGCCACCCCAACACCCCCACCUCAACACCCACAAUCUCUCACCCACAGAAGCCCACCCCACCUCAACACCCCCACCUCAACACCCACAAUCUUUCCCCCACAGAAGCCCACCGCCACCUCAACACCCCCAUCUCAACACCCACAAUCUUUCCCCCACAGAAGCCCACCGCCACCUCAACACCCACAAUCUUUCCCCCACAGAAGCCCACCGCCACCCCAACACCCCCACCUCAACACCCACAAUCUUUCCCCCACAGAAGCCCACCGCCACCCCAACACCCCCACCUCAACACCCACAAUCUUCCCCCCACAGAAGCCCACCGCCACCUCAACACCCACAAUCUUUCCCCCACAGAAGCCCACCGCCCGACCUUGGGAGCUGCCGGAUGCACCGUGUUAUUGACUCGGGCGUCCAUCAUCUUCUGGCCGAGAGAGGCAGGAUGCACUCGUCUGGGUAACAGCAGACAAGGCGCUCGACUCCUGAUGCUGGAAGCACGUCAGCGCGUUCAGCCCAACGCAAGAGUCUCUCAAAGGCGUAAGUGGAAGCCAACUGAACCCCCAAGAACCUGCGGCACACCUGCUCCAUGGCUCCACCUGUUACGAAGGACGUGGAGGUUCCUGACCACUUUCAACCCUUCCAGCAGCCAGCCACUCCAGCCCCCACGCGAGAAGGAAGACAUGGUCGAAUUACCGAUCUUCAGCUGCCCCUCAAUUAAAGACGAAGUUACGAGAAGGCCCACGUUUCGCCGUCUCGAUGGCAGGGGAAUUGCACAACGGGGUUUUGACAGGCAUUUCCAGUACACAGAGAUAGAAGUGCGCGAGGAAGCACACAGGACUAUAAUUGUAACAUACAUUAUGCUGCAUGUUGUAACACAGUACAUUGUACACAGUACAACCAAUGCACUCCAUGGUUUUAUGUGGUUGGACUUGAGUCGAUAUAUGUAUGCUGUUUACUGUUUACCACACCUUUUCAGUCCAGAUGAUGUAAGAAAAGAUACGGCUAUGAGAGCCUAG